AUGGCCAAAUCUCGAUCUUCGAGCUCUUCUAGCAGCAGCUCUUCCAGCAGUAAUUCAUCCGGUCCCCAAAAGUCUCGCACCACACAAGCAGCGAGCGAUGGAGAGCAUCAGAGCGCACGCAAAUAUUCGGCUUCUGAUGUCGUAGCCCAGCUCCCGUCUCUAUGGCGCUACAUGCGACGCGAUUCCUCGUUCGGGCCCGGCGCCAGCGAAGGGAACGGGGCAGUAGCCGAACAGAGCAGCAGCAGCGGCAUUCUUCGUACGCCCUUGUUUCGAGGCCGUUGGCAGUCCACCGAAUCUGUAAAGAAGGCCCCGACCUCGCGAUCCCAUAGUUCGGACCCCCUGUUGCGGUGCGAUACCGAUAUGCCCGACGCUCACCAGAGUUAUCUGUCAACGGUGCCACGAACUGAUGAGGCAGAGUCAUCGAAGACUUGCAAGAGCCGCUUACGGAACUGCUGGGGUGCUCUACUAGUGUACCUACGACUUCGAGACGCAUAG